CGUCUCCGCCGCUGCAGCAACAGACGAAGAAGAAGUAGAUCCCCCCCCCCCCUCUCCAUUUUUCAUCAAUUCGUUCAAUCCAUCGACGGUCUGGACGAAAACCUUCCGCAAUAUCAACUCGGAGCUCGAAAAUCAACCAAGAUAGGAUACUGACAUACAAACAUGUGGGAUGGACCAGGGCCAAGACAAGGACCACGGGGAGGACCACCCUUUCGUGGUGAUCGCCGUGGAGAAAUGUUUGGGGGCAGAGAUCGUCCCAUGCCUGAUUAUAGAGGUAGAGAUGGUAUGAACAUGGGUCCCGCGGGUCAUGGGCCCCCCAUGGGCCCUCCUGUGGACAUGAGGAGGAUGGAUGGGCCACCCAUGAGGGGACGUGAUAUGGAUCCACGUGACAUGCGAGGAAGAGAGCCAAACAGAGAUUUUUUCAGACCUGGAGAGCCAGACUUCCAUCUUAGAAAGCAAUAUGAAUGUGGACCUAGAGAGGACCUGAUGAACUCCUCUGGUUUCCCAGGACCAGGCAGAAACUCUGCAGACAUGGGGGGGAGAGGUAUGCCACCACGAGAGCCAAACAACAGAUUUAUGGACAUGAGAGACAGAGAGUCAUUUAAUUAUGACAUGCCACGGUUUAACAAUCCCAACAAUGAUGGAAGAAGAGGAUUUCCAAUGGAGCGAAAUGAUGGAUUCAGAGGCAUGCAUGACAGGCCUCCCAUGGGCAUAGGUGAUGCUGAUCGCUAUAAUAUGGACUUACCUCCACAUGAAGGGAGGAUGAUGGACACAGACAGAAGAGGGGGUCCACCUUUCAAUCAAAGAGGUGGAUUUGAUUCUGAUAUAGACUUCAGAAAUCGGCCUGGACCCUCACCUGAAUUUAGAGGUAGAGAUCGAUCUCCUUUAAGGUUUGGAAACAGUGAUGUUCCUCCAGUGGACAGGGCAAGACCAGACAUACCUUCAGGUGUUGCUGGACCUCAGAGAUCUGAGUUUAUGGGUCCAGGAGACGCUGUGCGAAAGAGAAUAUAUCCAGAUUCUUGUGGCAGUCCCCUUAUGGAUUACCGGAGUGGUGAAGAAAUGACUCUUGCAGAAGAAUGGAAGAACCGUCAAAAAGACAAGAAGCCCAUGUUCAACACGGGUAAAGAAAUGGGAGAUGUACCCAAACCCACUUUCCCUGUACCCUUUGGCAGAGAUGUAAAUAUUAGGGAUCCACCACCACCUUUUCAGCCGAGGGAUAAGUCAUCUACAGAAUUCCCAGGGAAAGAUGUUGGCUUCCCCCGUGGUGACCACUUUCCUGCUUUGAGUCUACCAUCAGUCGGCAGCAAAUGUCCACCAGACCAUCCAAUCCAAGAAAUAAAUCCCAUAACUGGCCCUCUGGAUCGAGAAAAUAAGGGUAAGCAUUGGCUUGGAGAAAGGGAGCCAAAGCAUAUUCCGAAUAAAUCUAAUCGUGAGGAAAGACCCCCUUACCAUCAAGAGAAGAAUCAACCACCACACGUGAUUCAGGAGCCAAAUGAUUGUUUUAAAGGGAUAAAAGAUAUUCGACACAAUCAGGAUCCUGCAAGGGGUAAGCUGGGGUCAGAACGUGAUUUCCAUAGCUCUAGCACUCUACAGGCAGGAGAUCAAGACUACAGGGACAUUGAUUACAGAACAGGAUCUGGGAGAGCAUUUGAGUAUAAACACGAAGAGCUUCCAGUACCAGAAAAACUCAUCAAAGAAUCGAAGCCAAUCACACCUUCAAAGUUUAGUGAUUCUGGUUCCCAGGAUCGAGAUUACAGGAAUGCGUCAGUGGAGGACAAAGCUUCCAAUAUAAUAUCCAUAACUGGUAUUCCAAAGACUGCCACCAUGGAGCAGAUUCUUGGUGCCCUUCCAGUCCACGAUGGCGUGCCAAUGCAGGGGAUGAAAAUAAAAAAUGUUGUGCCAGGUUACAGCUACGAUACGGCCUAUGUGGAGUUUUUAAACCUCGAGGAUGCAGUCCACUUCAUGGAGUCCAACAAGGGUUCCAUAAAGGUUGGCACUAGAACCGCUUCCAUGAGGUUUGCCCAGCCAGACGAGUGUGAAAGAGCUGUUCAUGAAUCAGAUCACAAAGUACCUCAACACCAGGAGCCCCAGUUACCCAGAUCGGACGAACAUUUAGGAGAGCUGAAGACUAACCUGAAUGGAUCCAACCCAAAAGGUCCUUUGGAGCCACUGUCCCACGGCCAAUGGCAGCGUAGCUCUGACCUGACUCCCGAGGCCUGGCAGCAGCAGGUGGACCAACAACUCCACCAGCAGGAAACGGACCAACAGGCAGAGCCUUGGAGCAACCGCAACCUUCCUCUUCAUGGUUCAAACCAACCUGACUCUGUAUUCAGAGAUAGCAAAACCAUGAUAAUAAAGAAUGUGAAGUCCUCCACCACAGUAGAGACUAUUCUGAAAGCCUUAGACCCCUUUGCAUAUCUGGAUGAGAGAAAUGUUCGCCUAGUGAAGGCCAAGCCAUCUGGAGCAAAGUGCUUCUGCUUUGUUGACAUGGACUCCCAUGAGCAAGUGACCCGUCUGGUUGAGCUCAUCACUAAACCCAGACCCUUAUUUAUUGAUGGAGUGAGAGUUUAUGCUGAAGUUGCGAAACCCCUUAAGAACCAAAAUUUCAGAAGAGAAUUUGAUAAAUCAAACUCUUCUAUACUUGGAAAUCCACCCGAGGCCUUGAUGAUGGGGCAGCAGUACCCACCUCCUCUGCAGCCACCUGCUGGCAUUCCUACUGGAAUGCAAGGUGACCAUAUGAUGAUGGGAGGUGCGCAUCCUGCUCUGGCACAAGAUCCCAGUUUCAGCCAAGGGAUUGGCUACGCUGAGACUCCAUCUAUGGAUCCGUUGUACCAGGGUGCCUCUCAUGUACCCACAGAAACGGCUGGAAUGACAGCCACCGCAGACGUAUCACAGACCUACGUUUAUGGCUCUGAGAUACCAGACAUAUCCAGCUACUUGUACGAUGCCACGUCAGGCUUCUACUACGAUCCAGAGACAACGCUAUACUAUGAUCCUAACUCUAGGUAUUUCUACAACGCUCAAACCCAGGAGUACUUGUACUGGGAAGCUGUGUCAAAGACUUAUAUCCCAGUUCCAGGAGGGAAUUCUGCAGAAAUGCAACCUCUGACCAUGACGGCUGAAGACCAGGCCAUACUUUCCAACCCGGCGGCAGAUGCUCCUCUAGAAAUGAAGAAAUCGUCUGUGCCGCCUGAAGCUUCAUCGGCUCCAGUGGUUCCUGUUCCAGGUGCCGACGCCCCUUUGGAUUCUACAGCGACAACCGACAAAAAAGAAGACGAUGACGCUGCAAGAAAGGACAAAGAGAAGGAUAAAGACGAUAAGCCCAAAAGUCUUGCGGCCAUGAAGAUCAUGAAAGAUAUGGAGCGCUGGGCAAAGAUCCAGAAUCGCCAAAAGGAAAGUGUACGAGCUCCAUCUCCGGUCCUGAAGAUGGGAAUGGACGAUGAUAAGAGGCAGUCAAAGUCAGCUGAUGCUGGUUUUGCUAUAUUUGAGAGGAAGAUUUCAGGUGCAGAUGAUCUUUUUAAGAAGCCCCUCGCACCCCCUAAGAAAGAUGAAAAGUCAAAGUCAAAGCGUCCAAUGGGCUCUCUGGGUCUGCUGGCUUCAGACUACGGAGCUGGAAGUGACGAGGAGGUGGAAGAAGAUAAGGAGGAGACGGCUAAAAGCAGUCAAGGCAGUCAGUCAGACGACAAAGAUGACAAACUGACUGACUGGAAGAAGAUGGCCUGUCUUCUGUGUAGGAGACAGUUCCCCAACAAGGACGCUUUGAUCCGCCACCAACAACUUUCUGACCUGCACAGGCAAAAUAUGGAGAUCCACCUUAAGAUCAAGAGGUCAAAGAAGGAGCUAGAGGCAUUGGAGAACCAAGAAAAAGAACUCAAUGCCAAAGAAGCUACUAGGUCCCCAGAACCGAAAAAAAGAAAACACCACCACCAGCAGCCGCAGCAUCAUAACAGCUGGGCUGGAAGCUCUGGGGAAAUGAACAAAGUCAGUGAGAGGCCUGGUUUAGGAGCUCAACCUCCCCCGCAGAGGAAAAAGAAGGAGCAUGUUGUUUGGGACCAUGCCACUUACAAACAAGCAGUGCGGAAGGCCAUGUUUGCACGGUUCAAGGAACUGGAGUGAUCUCAUCUGAACUUAUCCUCACUUUGACAUGUGAAGCAUGUUAAACACAUGCUUGUCCACCUUGGCAUCAGAAAUCCUUUUGACUAUCUUCACCAGUUCUCUGCCAUGGACACAUUACACUCCAGAGAUGCUCCUUUUUACACUGGGAUGAAGGGACAAAUGACACGGCCUGAAAACCACGGUUAAAGGCUGCAGGGGAGCUUAACUGAGUCAAAUACAAGAAUUAUGUGACGUCCUUGACGAUGGAUUUUGUACAGAAAAUGUAAUUUGAAGAAUUUUUGUCCCGUGUAUUUUGUGUAGCCUGUAUGUACAGUUGUGAAAUUUGUUCAGAUGUUUUUUUUGUUGUUUUUUAAUCAAUUCUGUCACACUGGCCACGGUUUAAUUUUAUUUUACUGAGACUGAGGAAUUUAAAUUUUUCAUGGGUGCAGAUUACUCUGAUGUAUUCACAUUUUAAGUAAAAGAAAAAAAUAACAGA